AUGACGAGCAAGAUUCCUCAACCCCCAGGUGUGCCCUUGCUAGGGAACGUCUUUGACGUUGAUCCAAGCAAUACGUGGGGUUCUUUGAAUAAACUGGCUGCUAAAUGGGGUCCUAUAUUCAAAAUCAAUGCUCUCGGCACGCAAAUCGUGUUUAUCUGCAAUGCCGCACUUUUAGAGGAAAUUUGCGACGAAACCCGCUUCCGCAAGUGUGUCAAUGGGCCGAUUGUCGAGAUCCGCCAGGCCGUCCAUGCCUCCCUCUUUACGGCGUAUGAAUCCGAAAGUGAAAAAGUCUGGGGACCCGCCCAUCGCAUCAUGUCCCCUUGGGUAUCGGACGAGUCGAACAAAAUCACAUUCAACGAUCAACGCGACGGAAUCGCGGCUAUUGUCCCUGCCUGGACAUCCAAGCCCGGUCAAGAGGUCAACGUGGCGGAUGGCCUGAAACGACUUAACUUACAGUCGGUAGUUUGGAGCAUGUUUCAUCAAAAGGGCAAAUGGAUGUCAGGUCCCUUUCCCGCGUUUCUUACUGCCAUUGACAAAUCCACCAUGGAGGCUGUGAAACGCCCGACACGCCCGAAAUUGCUCAAUCGGCUCUUAUACCAGCGUGGAUAUGACAAGGACAUCAAGACUAUGCGCUCUUUCUGUAGCGAUGUUAUCGCCAAGCGCAGGAAGGAACAAGGCACGAUCGAAGACAUGCUCAAUGUGAUGCUGAAUGGUAAAGAUCCACAAACUGGCGUGUCUCUUACGGAUGAGCAAGUCAUUGAUGAGAUUAUCAACAUCUUCAUCGGUUCGGCGACAUCCCCUUGUUUUGUCAGCUUCGCGUUGUACUACCUACUCAAGAAUCCCGAAUACAUCACCAAAGCCCGUGAAGAAAUCGACUCUGUUCUCGGCGCCGACGGAGAGCUUACGUACGAAAACCUCCAACAAUUCCAGUUCUGCGACGCUAUACUUCGCGAAGCCAUGCGUCUAUCUGCCGUGGCGCCUGGGUUCAACAUCGAGCCUCGACCAGACGUGAAUACUGGGCCGACUGUAUCGCUGGCUGGCGGUCAAUAUCAAGUCCCAAGCAACCAAGCUCUGAUCGCCGUGCUCGGUGCUGUUAACCGUGAUCCCGCGGUGUUCGAUGAUCCAGAGGCAUUCCGUCCAGAACGUAUGCUUGGCGAAGCGUACGACAGACUGCCCUCGGGAGUCAAGAAGGGCUUUGGAAAUGGCAAGAGACAGUGUUUUGGAACUAAAUUCGCCUGGCAAUGGAGUUGGAUUACCUUGGUUACUGUUUUGAGAGAGGUUGACCUCGAGUUGGCUGACAAGAACUACACUAUUGAUGGGGACGUGAAUGGAGCUUUCUGUGUGCAGCCAUGGCAUUUUGUGGCCAAGGUUGAAAAGCGAAAGGACCGCCCAUGA